GUAAAGAAGUUGGGGAUAGUAGCUGUUAGCAAUGCUUUGCCACAAAAUAUUACAUGUUUGGCAGCUGAUCGAAUGCUGGUCUUUGCAUCAUGUGGUGCUUUUUUGUAUGCUUUUGCUCGCAACAAAGAGGUGGUUCACACUUACUCAGGUCACCAGACAGAUAUCCUUUUUAUAUUGCCAUUUGGGGAUCAUGUCAUCUCUGUAGAUAAUGAGAGCAUUCUUAUUAUUUGGGAUUUGCAAUCAGAAGAAGAAUACUUGCAACUGGAUUUUGAUAAGACUGUAUUUGCCAUUUCUGCAGUUUUACACCCAUAUACUUACAUGAAUAAAAUACUUCUUGGUAGUGAACAAGGACCUUUGCAAUUAUGGAAUGUAAAAUCCAA